UAAACCCGCACGAAAUGUACACGCAGUACUACAAAUACCGCAUUAUGACACCGGGCCCAAGGUACAUUUCCAUGGAUAUCCCUCGACUAGGCAGCCACGGCUUAUCAAUUCAGUAUCUCACCUCUCGUUCACCGGCCGAAUCGUGCGCUAUCACCGCCCGCGGCUCCUCUCCGACGCUCACUCACUGUCUACUACACCAUCAUCAAUCCACACCGUUUCAUUCACCUCCUCGUUCGACCUCACAUGACCUGACCUUCACCUCUUCUCUCUCCCUCUCUCUUUCGCUCUCCAUUCUGUCAUCCUCCUCAUUUCUGGACACAUCUGCCGAGGGCAGACACCCAGGAUUCCGACGAGCUCAUAUACUCGUCGCUUGCUGCUGCUUGCAUCUUGCUGACGGCCGCGUCCGACGAGCGUCACUCGUCCAGAAACGCCGCCAUGGCUGCUCCUAAUAAGCUUGUGGCGACACCCGAUACUCUCAUCACCAUCAAGGUCUCCUACGAAGAGGUCAUCAAGAAGCUUCGUCUGCCGUUUCGUGAUUUGACCGCCACCGUACUACCUCUCAGACUCCGCCAGAUCUUGAACAUCUCACCUGAUCAGGCUGUCGUCUUUGAACGAUACUCCGAUUCAUCCGCCAGCUAUGUUGUGCUUGACGAAGACGAUGAGCAGGUCUUCAAGACAUUGCUCCGUGCUGCAAAGGCUAAGCUGAAGCUACGACUCAAGGUUACAGCUGCUCGUACCGCAGUCCCCACCACUUCAAAUGAGCAGAUCAGUCAGCAGGAAAACACUGGAAAUCAGCAACAAGACACCGGGGCGGAUCAACGAGCCAGUCUUCCAUGUGGAUAUGCGUUUGGUGAUCCACCGAUCCGUUUCGACUCCGAUGCAGCACGCUCGGCGCCUUCAUUCUACGACCCGUCAAAUGCAAAUACAUCCUCUCUCCCGAUUCGCAGCAAACCGCCGGUGACGCGUCUCACUCCCUGGUCGGUAUACUGUAACGAAUGCGACUCUGUCAUGUCGGACACACACUUCCACUGCAGCAUUUGUGACGACGGCGAUUAUGACCUUUGCGAGGAAUGUGUUAACAAAGGCAAAGUUUGCCCUGGAAAGGAUCACUGGCUUGUCAAGAGAUCCAUCAGGGAUGGUAAGGUCUUCGCGAGCACGACAGAGCGUAUUCGCAAGACGAUCCCUGCUCCUGUCGCCCCACCUCCUCCGGCAGAGACUGGCAAUGCUGUAAUUGUCAACACACGACCUGCGUCCACUCUCGAGGCUAGCAAGAUCGUUCUGCCCAGCUCUACCUCUCGCACCUGCAACGGCUGUGUCGUUGUGCUUCCAGACCGGGACUUUGUGCACUGCGACACCUGCGAGGACUUCGAUCUGUGCAUCAAGUGUCAUUCGGACAACAAGCAUGGCCAUCAUCCUGCCCACGGCUUUACACCUGCGACCAAGGACACUGUUAUCUCCACUGCUUCCCGAUUGUCUCUCGCACCUGGUCGUGAUGUUCGCCACAAUGCUGUCUGCGACAGCUGCGAUAAGCACAUUCGCGGCAUCCGCCACAAGUGCUUGAACUGCCCUGAUUGGGAUUACUGCAACGAGUGCAUCAAGUUUGCGGACCACCGACAUGUUGGACAUCGUUUUGUUGCUAUUUACGAGCCGAUUGCUGAUGUCAAGACUGCGCUUAUUCGUCACUCCGGCGUCAUGUGCGAUGGUCCACUGUGUAGCAACAAGCCCAACGGAAGCUUUAUCCACGGCAUUCGCUACAAGUGCACCAUCUGCCAUGACACCGACUUCUGUGCUUCGUGCGAAGCGCACCCGAGCAACAAGCACAACGUUACUCACCCACUGCUCAAGCUCAAGACUGCUGUUGGCAACGUAAGCAUUUCAACCGAGAAUGAGGUUGCUGGUGGUGAAGUCCGCGUCAUGGGCGACCGUCGUCCGCUUUCUGUAGCUGCUAUGUGCACUCCCACCAACGACCUUCCUCAGCGCCAGACCAACACAGCUACUGCUGUACAGACCGUUGCUGAGAUCAAGCCAAUUGAGGUCAAGAAAGAAGAGGCACCCGCACCGGCGCUCAUUGCACCGAACACCUUGCCCUUUGAUGCCCAGUUCAUCAGCGAGACCAUCGGUGACGGUACAGCUGUGCAGUCCGGUGAGCUGUUCACUCAAGUCUGGGUUAUGAAGAAUACCGGCCAUCUCGCCUGGCCCGCUGGCUGCAGUGUACGAUUCGUCGGCGGCGACAACAUGCUCAACAUUGACAACAAUCACCCAUCCUCUGUCAAUGAUAUCCCGCAAGCCUCCGAGACCAACAUCGUCGCCCGUAAGGUCGAGUCGGGAGAAACCGUCGCCUUCAAGGUUACUCUCAAGGCUCCUAUUCGCUUGGGCAAGUGCAUCAGCUAUUGGCGUCUGAAGUCUGCUGACGGCAACGCAUUCGGCCAGCGCCUUUGGUGUGAUGUAAUUGUUGUACCCGCGUCUGCGCCUGCGCCCGCGCCUGUCACUCGCGAGAUCACUCCUGUCACGGCUGAGGAUCAGUUCGCGCAGUGGGCCAACGGAGUUCGGGCCCAAGUCGCGCCCUCGGUGCCUGCAGAUGGCUUUAAUCAAUGGGCUAAUGGCAUCCGGGCUCAAGCACUCUCUCGGGAACAAGCUCAAGCUCAGGCUCAAGCCCAAGCUGCUGCUCGAGCCCAAAUUCUUGGCUUUCAAGCCAAGCGGCGCGAGCAGGCUUCGCUUCAGCAACAACAACAACAGAUCCUUACUCACCAAAUGCAUCAGCAGGCUCAGAUGCAAGCCCAACAGCAAGCCCAACAGCAAGCCCAACAGCAAGCCCAUUUGCAAGCCCAUUUGCAAGCCCAUUUGCAAGCCCAACAGCAAGCUCAGAUGCACGCCCAUCACGCCAAGCAAGUGCAAAUGCUAGGUCAGAUGUCAUCGCGCGCACCUAAGCAAUACACAGGCGGCGUUGAAUAUGGAAGUUCGCUGGACUACGCAAACCAAAUGGGUGCGCGCUUCCCGCAAGAGGAAGCCUCAGGCCUCGAGGGAAACCACCGCCUGCAGGACUACCAAACGCAACUCAUGCUUCUGGAAAAGCAGAACAAGAAGCGCCUGUUGUUUACACGCAUGGAGAAAGAAAGGUCAGACAUGGCAGCAUUACAAAAUGAGCAGCCCCCAAACCCGGAGAUCACCACAGCACGUCAAGGCAUGCACCCGCGAUUCUGGCAGCCCAAUUGGCAACCCACACCUGACAUGACAACCGAGACACCUGCCUCCUUGGCCGUGAAGCCGGAUCAGGCUGCGCCUGUCGUUGCAGACACAAACGAGAAGGUACAGAGGAUUCUCCUCGAGCAUGCCAAUAACACCACUGCCGAAGAUGAUGCUACUACCCAGGCCGCGAUGGAACGCAGCUCUAUGGUGUUCCCCAAGCUCGACAGGGAGAGCCCUGCAAGCAGUGCCUACCAGUCUGUGAUGAGCAACAGUGGUAAGGCUGCGUAUGUCGAGAAUGAGGACGGUCAGGUUGAGAACGUCGCAAUUCCCACCACCGCCGUCGCUCCCUCUGUAGCGUCCGAGGCUGAGCAGGCCAAGUUCGAUGAUGAGGAUAUUGAGGUUCUCAGUGCGACCGGCGAUGACAGCGACGAGGACGAUACCUUUGACACCGACGACGAGUAUGACAUUCUCGACGCCUCGGAUGAAGAGACUGUGGUUUGAAGGGUACGCUUCUCACUGCCCUCUUCCGACGGAAAAUAAAUUGAAACAAUAUGAGUGAUGUCGUUUUUU